AUGUACUUCAUCUUCAUAUACUCGAAGGACUACGGCCUCGACCAUCUGCCAAUGAUAUUUAUACAGACCGCAACAACGGCAGUUAGUAUCGUGUUGCUAAAGUUAUAUGUGAAGGGGUUUUCUAGUGACUUGAAUAAUACGGAGAAACAGCUUGAACAGAUCUCGCAGAUUAUUGACAAUGUUGCCAAAACCUGGACUGCAGUCGUGCCGAUUCAGGAGGCGAUCAAUCAGUCUCGGCAAGUGAUUGCACAUAGGAAAGCAUUACAGGAGCCGGCUUGUUUUGACUGGGAAAACAUAAUGACUACUGAUUGUUCUGAGGUUGGUAUUCCUGGAGAUCUGGCUACACUUAACGAAGAUAUACUAUCCUCAGAGUAUGAACUACCAUUUCAAGAAACAAUAUAA